GCAGAUAACGUUUUUGUAUUUAAUGGUGUUGCGUUGCGUUGCUGUGCUUCAACACUCAUACUGCAAAGUGGCGAAAGACAGUCCACGUGCAAGAGAAAAUGAAGUUCCAACUGGUUGCGUUUGCACUGCUCUUUUUGGGCAUCUAUGCUCAGGAAUUUGAUGGCGGAUUUGAAGAAGAUGAAUUUGAGAAGGCCAAGAACCAGUGUUACAUCGAAUACAAUGUCUGUGUGAACCAGACAUCUGACAAAGCUGGCAAAUGGGAGUGCUACCGAAUGCUUGAAGAAUGUGAAAUGAAAGUGGAGUCCAAGAAGUUCACUGAAGAAAUGACAACAACCGCACAACCUACCACUACCCCUACCACUACCCCAGAGGACAGACACCACGGACACCAUCAUGGACACCACCAUGGUCAUCACCAUGGACACCAUCAUGGUCAUCGCCACCACCAUCAACACAGGAGACAUCAUAUGUGCCCCAAAAAAUUUUGCAAAUGUUUCAAAGAACUAAUUGCUGUAUCAAGAAGCAGCACAACAAAACGAUGAGCGACGAUGAAUCAUCAAUGAUGAUGCCACCAGCGUAUGAAUAUCAAGAUGGCAAUACAAAGGAAAGCAAAAUGCCACCAAUGGUCGAAUUCCUUCUUGACCCACUCAACAAUGGUUCAAAAGGAAAUGGAACCAAGGAAUGUUUCAUGAAGUUCAAGGCUUGCCUCAUGAAGCGCCCACGACACGAUGAAAAGAAGAAAUUCGACGACGAAGACGAUGAAAUGGAAGAAAUGGACAAAAUGGGCGAAAUGGAGGGUGAAAAUGAUAAUGAUGACAUGUAUGACGAUAAUGAUGACGACUACGAAAGUGAGGGGAAAAGGCCCUGGAAGAAGUUUGCAGGGAAAUUUAAGAGGAUGGGCAAAAUGUAUGCAAAUAAGUUCCAAAGAAGAAAACCAUCAUGGUCCCUUACAGCAACCUGGGGCAAACUGCGUAAUUUUGGCAGAAAAUUGGUAACGAAAGUGAAAACAACCAUUGGGUAUAAGAUUGCCGCCAAUCGACGUCACAAAGGACCUCAACGUCGCCGUCACCGCGGACCAUUUACAAGGUGCAUUUUUGGGGCCAAGAUGUGCAGAUGGAGAGCUUGGGGCGACAAGAAAGAGAUGAAAGCUUGUGCAAAGAAAUUUGCCGGGUGCAUUCUUAGCACUUGCAAGAGAAUCAAGCAGUAAAAAUUCCCUAACUGGACCAUUUUCAUACUGUUAUGAUUAACAUUUGUUUUCUGAAAAUUUGCGAUGAUCAACGGAAAAGCAAGUCAACAAAUCUUUGAUAAACUGUUGUUAGCUUAUGAUUGUAUCAGAGGAAUUACUUUUACAAAGAUUCAGUAGUCUUUCUCAAGGCUUUUAACGGUUCAAUAUUUUAUACCACCAAAUAA